GUCACGCCGCCUCCCCGCCCGCCCCGCCGGCAGCUGCGCCGCGCUCCGCCAGCGCCGUGCGGGGGGAAGGAGGGGAGCGGCGGCGGGCGCGGCGCCAGCGCGGGACCUGCGCCCCCCGCGCCCCGAGCCCGCCGCAGGCAGAGGGGCCGCGGAGCCCCGCCAGGAGCCCGGCCGGCAUGAGCCAGGUGCCGAGGAAGCUGCCGGAGGAGGAAGAGGGGGACGAGGAGGAGGAAGAGGAGGAGGAGAUCGUGGGCUUGGCGGGCUAUGCCGACGGGGCCGAGUCCUUCUCGGACGGCGACGCGGGGAGCGGCGGCGAUGAGGCGUUUUUGGAUUUCAAUGAUCCCUUCAGUACUGAAGUUAAGCCAAGAAUCCUGCUCAUGGGAUUGAGAAGAAGUGGAAAGUCUUCCAUUCAGAAAGUUGUCUUUCACAAAAUGUCGCCGAAUGAGACUCUCUUCUUGGAGAGCACAAACAAGAUCUGCAGAGAGGAUGUUUCCAACAGCUCCUUUGUCAACUUUCAGAUAUGGGAUUUUCCUGGGCAAAUUGACUUCUUUGACCCUACGUUUGAUUAUGAGAUGAUUUUCAGAGGCACUGGAGCACUGAUAUUUGUUAUUGAUUCUCAGGAUGAUUAUAUGGAAGCAUUAGCUCGGCUGCAUCUUACUGUGACCAGAGCCUAUAAAGUGAAUCCAGAUAUCAACUUUGAAAUCUUUAUCCAUAAAGUGGAUGGUUUAUCUGAUGAUCACAAGAUUGAAACACAAAGGGAUAUUCACCAGAGGGCAAAUGAUGACCUUGCAGAUGCUGGAUUGGAAAAGAUUCACCUCAGCUUUUAUCUGACAAGCAUAUAUGAUCAUUCUAUAUUUGAAGCAUUUAGCAAAGUGGUACAGAAACUGAUUCCACAACUCCCAACACUGGAAAACCUGCUUAACAUCUUUAUUUCAAAUUCUGGGAUUGAAAAAGCAUUUUUAUUUGAUGUAGUCAGUAAGAUCUAUAUUGCAACAGACAGCACUCCAGUGGAUAUGCAAACUUACGAGCUCUGCUGUGAUAUGAUAGAUGUUGUGAUUGACAUUUCUUGUAUAUAUGGGCUUAAAGAUGAUGGCACUGGAACUCCUUACGACAAAGAAUCAAUGGCAAUCAUAAAACUGAAUAAUACAACUGUCCUUUAUUUAAAAGAGGUGACAAAAUUCCUCGCUCUUGUUUGUUUUGUCAGAGAAGAAAGCUUUGAGAGAAAAGGAUUAAUAGACUACAAUUUCCAUUGUUUUCGAAAAGCCAUACAAGAAGUAUUUGAAGUAAGAAUGAAAGUAGUAAGAUCUCGAAAACAUCAAAGCCACCUGCAAAAAAAUAAAAGACCCACUCCUAAUGGGACACCAAGAAUGCCACUGUAACUGAGGUUUUCUGGAAAUGUGGCAAGCAAAGUUUUCAUGAAGUUGAUGUGACUUCUGUAUCUCGUUGCACUGAAUGAAGAGGAAAACAAAUGGGACUGAUGUAUUAUAUGAAUUUUCCCUGAACGUUCAGAAAGCACUGUUUAAAUAUUUUUAUCCAAUCGGUUUUUUUCAUAUAGUGAGCACUUUGAGCAAAAUGUUGUAUAUAUAAACAUUGAGGUGAGCACUUGUAAGAAUUUUCUUAAUAUAUGCUGUAAACCUUUUUCAUGCCAUAUUAAGAAAAAACAGCUGUGACAGAAAUACUGGGUACAUAAUUUGCACUUUUUCAUGUUUUCCUUGUGGACUUGGACUUUGAUAAACUUAGUUUUUAUGGUGAUUUUGAUGCAUGGUGUCAGGUAAAAUGUAUGCUGUAGUUUGUUUACCUGCUACAAUCAAAUUGGUUAGUAAACAAUUGAGAAAACUUGGUACAAUGCCUUUUUAAAUUUCUGACAGCUAAUACCUAACAUUCAUACAGAUCUAAUUUCAUAUAUUUUUCAACUUGUAAACUGAAGAAUAAUAUUGAAGUAUUACAGCAAUAAGCAACUUACCAGGAAUCGUAACUGGUAGGUAAAUAUUAGCUUUUGUAAAACAGGCUUUUGGCCAAAUUUCAUCUGGAGUUCUCUUUAACACUGGUCAUGCCCUCUCUUGGGUCUGGUUUUAUUAUUUACCUCAGCAUAUACCACUAAAAUACCUUUCUAUAAAGAUGAUUGUUUUGUAAAAUGGCUCUAUGUUGCACUGGUAUUUUUAUAAGGCUUCAGAGGAGUAUGUUGUAUCUGUAUGGCUGGAUUUACAUUGCUAAGUUUGUGUUGAGAGCCUGCACAUGUACAGUUGGCGCAAUGAAGAAUCUGUAUGUAUUUCCACCCUGGCUUUCUGAUGUACUGAUAAUUCAUAAAGGUGUGACCACUGGGUUCUGAUUCCCUCUAACAUGGGUACAUCUGUCAUUGAAAUCAAGACAAGACCAUUAAAAUGAGGACUGGACAAUCUACCUGCUGUAAUAA